AUGGUACAAGUCAAAAGAGGCCGCAAGCCUAAGGCCGUGAAAGGUAACAUGUUAUAACAUUGUUUUUAUCCUUUUUUAGAUAAUAUAAAACGAACUGCACUAGCAGCCAGCCAUAUAAAUGAUGUAGACGAGAUGGCAGCGAAGAAACCGUGCACAUCUAAUGAUCUAUCUUAUUAUGAGGAGGAAAUAUUAUCCAAAAUCACGGAAAAGUAUUCUUUGCCCAACCAGUCGAAAAGGGCGCUUUUUUUAGACGAGACAGAUGGAAAAUAUGUAAUUUUAAGAGAGGAUCAUGACGAAAAUGAUGUGAUAACAGAGAUUUGCAUUGCCAUAAAUGAAGGAGAGGUACCUAAAAAUGCAGGUAAAAUAAUUGAAAUCGACACGGAUCGUAUCACCGAAGAAGAUGAAGAUUCAGACUCUUGUGAACGAGAUGAAGAACAGGAAGAUGCAUUGUUAAAGGAGUUGGCCAGUUCAGAAUUUAAAACCGAGGAUGAAGAUACACCUUUAUUAAAUGACAGUGGAUUGGUACUAUCCGAAAGUAACACUGAAAGCGUGGAGGAGGAGGUGGAAAGUAAGUUUUCUUGUUAUUUAAAUUAUUUGGUGUUUAGAAGUCGAGGUGCCAAUACCAGCCGAAGCACAGCUUGAACCAAUAGCUGAAAAGGUACAACCGAAAGCUACGUUACCUGACUUUAAACCUAUAAGUGAUUGUAAAUUAAGAUGUGAUGCUGAUUAUGUGUUGAUCAACGACAGACCAGACAAAUGUUUGUGUAAUUACACGGAAGAAGAGAUGAAACAAGGUAAAGCUUGUUCUUCUGAACAAUGCUUGAACAGAGCCAUGAGAUACGAAUGCCCUUUGAAGUGUCCAUCAGGAGAAUAUUGUCGUAAUAGGAGGUUUCAAAAUGUAAGUGUUGUCUUUGACAAUUGUUUGUACAAUUUGUUUAAUUUCCUUAUUAUACCACUUUAGAAAGAGUACGCUAAGAUUGAACCGUUCUUUGCUGGAGCUAAAGGAUGGGGUAUACGAGCGUUGGAGAACAUUCCAAGGUAAAACUAUUAUUUUUCAAUUUUAUUUGAAUGUAAGUUUUAAUUUAAAUGAUUAACCUUACAUUUACUUUUAUAAUAUUCCAUUUUCAGUGGUUCGUUUAUUAUCGAGUACGUCGGAGAAAUCAUCGACAGCCAUCAAUGUCGACGUCGAUCACGUAAAUACGCGAGUGAUCCAAACCACAAACAUCACUAUUUGAUGUCCUUAACGUCUGACACUUUUAUCGAUGCUACAAGAAAGGGUAAUAUAUCCCGUUUUGUCAACCACAGUUGUGACCCAAAUGCGGCGACAGACAAGUGGACCAUCAACAGGAGAACCAGGAUAGGAUUCUUCUCUAUCAAAGAGAUCACUGCUGGUCAGGAAAUUGUGUUUGAUUACAAUUUCGAGAGAUUUGGGUACGUUUUAUUUUUAUUAUUAGGUAUUUUUGAAACAGUAAUAGAAAUUAUAUUAGUUGUUGUUAAGGUUAAUUUUAUAGUAAGACCGCCCAGAAGUGUUACUGUGGAGCACAUAAUUGUCGUGGGUACAUUUCUGGCAAACAAGAUGCAGCAGACACAAUCAUUGAAGAAGAAGAGGAAGAUCUCAUCUCGGAGACGGAUUCAGAUGAAGAAGACAAAAGCAUUGAGUCCUCAGAUGAAGAAGAGGACGACGAUGACGACUUUGUUCAGCCUGCUCCACCCCCACUUUCCCUACCCAACAAGGUGUCCACGGUGGUCUCAAAGGCUAGACUGGCCGAACAGAAGGCCAUUGCCCUCGAGAAACGUAUUCUGUCACAGUUCGCCAAAUGGAUAGAGAACAAUCAGCUGUAUCAUAAUUUGGAGCACUUCAAGAGGUAAGUGAAGUUGUGAAAAUAAUUCUUUUAUACGUUUUUGUAUGUCAAUACAGGUUAAUUUACCAUGUAACGUUUUUUUAGGAGGCUGACAGAAUUGAACUUCCCAGGAUCUGCCAAACAAUGUAUAAAGUUUAUAAACGACUUUGACGACAACACUAUGAAGAAGUUUAGUGAGAGAAACGCUAUGGAUGCCAUCUGGUAUCUGAGUACGACCUAUUUCGAGAACCGUAUCAAUGCCAGCCAGUUCAGUGUUGUCUUGAUGGUCACGAACAUCUUACUGAGGGUAACAUUGAAGAGUCAACAACAAGUUAAGGAGUGCACAAGGAAGUUGUUCACAGAGUUCUUGAAGGUUGUUGAUGUAAGUUCAGAACACAGCGGUAGAUAAGGUUAAAUAGAAAUGAUAAGAAAUGUUAGGUUAAAAAGAAUUGUUCCACAGAAGAUGUAAUCUUUUCAGAAGUUCUGCUCUGUUAGCGAAGAAAACGUUCAACAAGAUGACGAUGACAUUGCUGACAUUAUUAAUAUUGUUGUAUCGCGGGUAGAUCAGGUCGACCCGGAUACCUUAAACAUGGCUGCUCAAAUCAAAGGAAACAUUUACAGGUUAUACGAGGAUUGGAGUUACCUUCCUAAGGAGGAGUACAGGAUACCCAAGAAGUUGUGCGUUUCAUCUUUUUUCUCGAAAGUUUAAAUUUAAAUUUUUUACGUUUCAAUGAUUUUUUAAAAUUAAAAAAGUUUUGAAUAUACAUGGGAAAUGGGCCGGGCCGGCCCUGAGCAAAAUUUCGAUGGGCCUAACAUUCAGGCCCGGCCCGUUUCUCAUGUCUAGGUUUGAAAAUUUAAUUUAAUUUGCCUUUUGUAUUAAAACGUGGUUUAAUUGUUAGUCAAUGUUUUAGAAAGCCAGUUAUAAAACAAGAAAGACGAUCGAAAUGGGAACCUGCACCACAAGUACCAGCGGAACCACCCCAGCAUGACCCCAUCAUAUUGGCCAACUCGAGUUCAGAGUUGUUUGUCAAGAAGGAAAUGGACGAUCGGAAGUCGGGAAUGAGUAUAUCCUUCCCCGCCAUUCCUGGAGCCACAACUGUCGUCCAUCUGGGGAGCGGUACUGACCAAAGUAAGGUUUGAGUACAUAUUCAUUUCAUUUACAAUAUUUUUGUGUCUAUGACAUGUUUUCUUUGUUUCAGCAUUCAUUAGUCCAAUGCCCAUGUACAGUAUGUAUCCGCCCCAUCCCACAUACUCCUUCAUGCACCCUACUCUGUCAGGAUUGCCCGUCCCUCAGUAUAUACCUCCACCAGCUCCUCCAAUACUACCAAACAUGCCCCCGUUCAUAUCGUCGUUACCUUCUACUGUGAAUCAGACCGACAUCAAGCCUCCUCAACUGAUUAUACCCCUCACUCUCAAAUUGACGAAACCACCUUUGAACUCAGUAAAUGCUCGACAUCUUCACAAACCGAUGACGCGCCAUCGUUACCUAAAGAUUGCCCGGAAGUCGAUAAUCUGUACGAUCUCAUAG